AUGCGGGCGGCGGGGCGGCGCUGUGCGGGCGGCGGGGUGCAGGAUGAGGGCGGCGUUGUGCGAGCGGCGGGGUGCAGGAUGCGGGCGGCGGAGUGCGGGGUGCGGGCGGCUCUAGCUGCGGCCUGGGGAGAGGUAGGAGGUCGACGGGCUGGGGAGGCCGGCGGCCUGCGGCCUGGGGAGAGGAGUGAGGUCGACGGGCAGGGAGAGGCAGCUCUGAAUCGAAGCAGUGAGGCCGAGUGGGUGGGGAAAAGCAGGAAAUUGCAAUGCUUUCUCCAUCUGAUGGAUGGUGACCAAAGCUUCUUGGACACCAUUGGUUUUGGUUACACACAAACACAACCAGAUAGUCCAAUUGGAGAGCAGCUCAUAGCAGCAUGGGCAAAUACAACUUUGGAUAUUGUUGGGACAGAUCAAAACCGAGAUGCUUAUUGGGAUAGAAUUUCAGAGUACUACAACACACACAAGGAAUCAUCAUGGCCGGAGCGUAAUGCUAAUGCAAUCAAUUGCCGUUACACAACGAUUAACAGAGAGACCUCUAAAUUUUGUGGUUGCCUCCAGCAGAUUUUAAAUAGGCAAGAAAGUGGAAGGACUAUAGAAGAAAAGACAAACGAUGCACACAUUUUGUUCAAGAAAAUGGAUCUUAAAAAAAAGAAGCCUUUCACACUGAUGCAUUGCUAUGUAGAGUUUUCGAAGUAUCCAAAGUGGCAGACAAGAGAAGUUGAAACUUCUCUUAAGAAACAAAAAAAGACCAUUGAUGCAAGUCCGGGCACAGCCACCAAUGAUCUGGGUGAUGCAUCCUCGAUACGUACUGAUGCUACCUCGAUACGCACUGAUGCUCUUGAACAUGAGAAAAGACCUGAUGGUGUGAAGAAGGAUAAGAGAGGUAAAGCUGAUGACAGUGCUUGCAAACUGUCAUUAGAAACUGUGUGGGCAGCAAAGCUAGAGAAGGAUGAGAUCAAAGAGGCGGCAAGAAAUGCUCGCUACGCACAGCAAUUGGAAUUGCGAAAAGAGGAGAUUGCACUCAAAAAGAAUGAAGAUGCACGAAAUGGGAGGGAGGAGGAGAUUGCACUCAAAAAGAAUGAAGAUGCACGAAAUGAGAGGGAGGAUGCACGGAGACAGUUUGAAUUAGAUGAGAGGGUCAUGCUCAUCGACACUAGUGGUAUGACUAAUGUGCUAAAGCAGUUCUACCAAGAUAAGCAGAAGGAGAUCCUUGCUCGCGGCUUAGGGUCCACGAACAAUGGCAAAACGGGAUUGCAGAACUCCAAAGGCUCGUUCCACAUCUUUCCUAGCCCCCUCUUGCUUCUUGGCAAAAGUUUUAUGCUUUCUGCUAGUCGGAGCUGGUAUGCUCUUCACAAAUGUUGCCCACCGAAGAUGCAGCUGACAGACUCUAAACUGGUACUGCAAAGGUCAGAAGGAGAUUAUGGAUGCCUGUCUGCUCUGAGUGUGACUGCAAUGGAGAAGAAAUCAACACUUGUCAUGCUGUUAACUGAAGAAAUCGACACCCAGCAGUCGAUUGGCGCCAAACGGGACGGGCUCAACAUCGACCUAUUGGGCUAUCAGACUAUCACUGGGAAAGUGUACCAAAUCCACCUUAAGCACACGCUGGUCGCCCAGGUCGCGCAGAUGGAAUGGCUGGUCGAAUUUUGCAGGCGUGAUAGAACCGACCGAAAAGUUCAGGGCACCAAAAGCAACGUGGUACUCACUGUUCCCGCCAAGAACGGCACGCAAGGACUGCUUUGCAUGUGCUCGGCGACCUCAGCAACAGGUGUACUAAAAACACCAGAGAGCGUUCAUUCAUGCGAGCUGCAGCUUUGCCUGGCAGAUGUAUCCCAGAAAUCCUGUUCCGCGCUCCUGCUUACUGGAGCACGCGGCGUCGAUCAUGGCCAAAUUAAGGCAGUGAAGUUCCAAGAGGUCAUCAUCACCAGAGAGGAGAUGGGCACCAUUUACUGUGGAUAG